AAAUUCUAAACCGGACAAUAAUUACGGGACGGAGAGAGUAUAUUUUUACUUUUUGUAUCAUUGAUGAUAUUGCGUUUUUGCAUUACAUUUUCUCCGCAUCAUAGUAUCUAUCUAUCUUCUUCUUCUUCUUCAACGACACUGCACUAUAAGACAGACUCAAGACAGUUGAGUGAGUUGAUGGCCGAGGAGCAAAUUGCGGGAAACGGUAAGAAAGCCAAUCCACAAAAAACGGGAAGCUCGGUCCUUUCCCUCGCCACGAUAACACGUGGCAGAAAGACGCUGACUCUUCGAUUCCAUGCACUUCUACCCACCCGCCACGUAAUGCAUCCUACUUCCCACCAUAACCGUUUGCUGUCUAUAUCUUACUUCUCAAUUCUCCCUUAUCUGUAUCAUUACUUUCAAAAAAAUACCUGAAAUUGAAGCCUUUUUCUUUUACUUUGUUCCGAUUCAUUUCUACAAGAAGAACAAAUUAGACGAGAACACUGUGAAAAGAAUCGAUAUAAUGGCGAAAAGAACAGCAUUAAUAAUGUUUGUAGUAUGUAUGGCGGCGGUAGUACCUGUGGGUUGGUGUUGGGGGGAAGAGGCGAUGGAUGCUGCCAAGGAGAAGAUGAAUUCGGCGGCCGAACACAUGAACAUCGACCCGGAUCAGGCCAAGCAAAAAGCUUCGGAAGCCAUGGAAGAUGCCAAGGACAAAGCUGGAUCUUGGGCUGAUUGGGCCAAAGCCAGAUUAUCCGAGGGCCUGGGUUUGAAUGACGACAAAGGCAAUACAUUUCGUAGAAUGACUGAGGAAGUGUCCGAUGCUGCUGGAAGUAAUUAUUUCCAUCUCUUUUGAUUUGUAUGUACUAUGUCAUUAAUUAGGGUACACUGGAAUAUAAUUCUCUAUGCUUUCUGUGGCUUUCAUUUUGGCAUUCAUUUUGGCAGAGACCUCAAGCUACUCUCAAAAAGCAUGUGAUAUGGCUGGUAAUGCCAAAGAGAUGGGAAAAGACAAUGCUUAUGCUGCCUAUAACAUGGCAUCAGAGAGAGGGGGCCAAGCCAUGAACAUGGCUUCCGAUAUGGCUAACGAUGCCAGCGAAAGAUUCCACGGCGCUUAUGGCUCUGCCUCGGAGACUAUGGAUAAUGUCAUGAAUAAAGCUUCAGAAAUGGGGACUGAAGCCAGGAACGCGGCGACUAAUAAAGCUCGUGAAGGCUAUGCCUACGCCUCUGAUAAAGCAUCAGGAGCAACGGAUGCAGUUUCAGAUAUGGCAGGCAAUGCAAAGGAUAUUGGAAAAGAAAAGGCGAAUGCUGCUUAUUCAUAUAUCUUUGGUAAGGCAGGUCAGGCCAUUGAUAAAGAGAACCUCGAAGAAAAAGCUUCAAAUGUGCGCGCAUAUGCUUCAGAGAAGGCAGAUCAAACCAUCAAAAUGGCAACAGAUAGGUCGAGUGAUGGCCAAGAGGCAAUGGGGAGAACUAAAGAUGAGAUUUUUGAUCAAUACGAGGAUGCUAAAUCAAAGGUUGAAGAAACUUAUCAAUCUGCAAAGGAUACAAUGACAGAGAAGGCAAAGGGUAGUUAUGAAGCUGCCAAAGAGAAGGCUUCACAAGCUGCUGGUGAUGUAGGAGAUCUACUGAGGCAUAAACCUGGGGAACUAUGAGCCAUUUGUUGAAAUGUUUCUAGUCAGGCUUCGUGAGUAACACUUUCCUCUACUACUUUGUAGAUUUCUUCACUCAUUUAUUUUAUCUCCUUUUGUAACUACUAAAUAGUUAUAAUGAAGUUUCGGAGGCUCUUAUGCUCCUUUCUUGUUCGUGGUCUACCUCAAGAUGCAUUAGUCAUAGAAAUAUUUUCGAUUACUUCUGAGACUAUUAGCUUACUGUACCCAGGUCAAUUAAUAAGAGAAACUUUACAUAAUUGGAUGUCAUGCCAUCAUAUAUGUAUGCUCUAGUGCUUUUACAAUUGGAAGAUUGAGGAUCAGUCAGCCGUUGUAAGUGCUAGUCAUGAACAUCAGUCAUCCAUCAUGAAUGCGCGCUGAUUUGAU